GCCAAUGUGGGAAAGGGUGCUCCUCCCUGCUCACAGGAAGAGGUAGUUUUGUGGAACCAAGCCCAGGGUCAGCCUUCCCAGGUGGUGUAUCGGGAUGCUGGGGAGGCUCCUGGGCCGUGGUGCUGUGGGGUGGGGGAGGUGGGGGGCUUACCUACACACCCAAGACCCCCACGUUGCUCCACCAGUGCUGUGCUGUGCCAGAGCUGUUGGGAACAGAGCCGGGGGUGCACAGGGUGCGGUGCUGCACACAGCUGCUCCAGGCUGGUCUCCCCACCAGAGAGCUGCUUGGUGCCCACUGUGGAUGAGGUCUCUGCACCAAACUUCUCGCCCUGUAUUCAAGAGUGAAAGGAGGCCUACCAAUUUUGACAAAAAGGUGUUGGUGUGGGCAGGACGCUUUAAAAAGGAGGAGGACAUUCCCCAGUACAUAACGCCUGAGGUUCUGGAUGCAGCAAGGAACACUGUGAGGAUAAAGGUUUGCUACAUCAUGAUUGCACUGACCUUGCUAGGUUGCUUGGCCAUGGUCAUCACAGGCAAAGAGGCUGCUAAAAACGAUUACACGCUGCUGAGGAUGAAUGAAGAGAAGAAGGCUAAAUGGAGGGCUGAAGCAAAGAAGGAUCAGGAGGCAGCUGCUGUGAAGGCACCAUGAUCAGGAGCAGGUUUGCUUUAACAGCGUGAGAGAGAAGUGAUUUGCAUGCAUGCCAUAUGUACCUGUCUUCGUUUUACUCCUUGGAUCUUUUUGCCUGCAACUCUGUAAGAGUGAAGACUGCUCCAUGUGAACUGUGAAGCUCUGGUGGAAACCCCAGCAACUUCUUUCUGUGGCCUCUGGAAGGAUGCAACCCUAUGUCAGACAGCAUCCCAGGCUGUGCAUUUCCUCUAGUGCACACAGGCUUGGCCAAAGGGAUCUGGGGCAGGGAGAAAACAGGUCUGAAAUAUGUCCUCAAACCAAGAAGAAGUCAAAUAUCUCCUCCUCUGACUCUGCUGUCCCACCCCUCUCCCCAGCCCCUCACAAGGGGACAUGAGCAAGGAGAUAUGAAGGGUUACGAGCAGCCCUGGUGACUGAAUUGGCCAAAAAGCCCCUGGGUCAGAGGAGCUGCUGUGGAUGUGGGGUGGCAGUGUGGGCUCAUGGGGUGGUUUGGUGGUGGUGGACAGCUGCCCUCCCAGGAGCAGGGAGCCCAGCCAGGGGCACUGCCCAUCCUGUUGCACUUCGCUGGCUUUGCUUCUUCAUCUUCUGUUUCCAAACGUUGGCAUGAAAGUUCCCAAGCACUUGCUUAGUUGUGAUUUUAGUUAGGAUUAAUUGCUAAUACAUGGUUUGCUAAAACAGAUUUUUUUUUUAAUCACCAUAGUUCAUUAACUCAUAAUAAAACAGCUGUCCAAUUACAUCUAAGACAAACACUUCUCUUCACAGCUUCAUUUUAAGUGUCACCAAACUCUGAGAUGAUGCUUAAUGGGAGAAAUCCUCAUGAAAUACUGAAAGUUCCAUUUCCAUAAAGUCAUUAAACUUUAAGACAGACCUCAGCUCA